UUCAGCUUUUAAGUAAGACUAUCGUCUCGGGGACAUUACCAUUGAGACUUGGCGAAGACAACCGUCUCGGGGACCUUAAGAUUUCGAGGAUAGAAAGAACGAAAUUUACCCCAAACAAGAAUAUUCGUAGAGAAGAUGCUUCUUCCAAUAGUAUUAGGCAUAGCCCUACUUACAUCAAGCAAAGCUAAUUUGCUAAGCCAGUUGGAUUGCAGAAUAAUUACAAAGAAUUUUCAAGGUGAGAGUGGCAUCAUCCAAUGUAUUUGGAUAGUGGACAAUAAGUAUACUCCUCAAUCACUCAAGUUCACUUCUUCUGUAAGGUAUCUUGAAUGUCCUAUAAAGAACAAAGUCGGAUCUUGCCUAUACAAUAGGGUUUCAAUAAGCAUACAAGAAUCAGAGGCAUAUAUCAGAGUCAAUGAUUUGAGGGCCACUGAUACAGACACAUACAAAGUAGAAGUCUACUAUGCAAAAGAGAACACGGAUGCUAGAUAUUAUAUAGGUCUUGAUAUUUUUCUCUCCGUCACAGCUAAGCCAAAAAACUCUAAAGAAGUAAACACAGAUUACACAAAUGAAAAUAAAAGUUCAGAUUCUGUAUUAAACCUGACAUCCACACUCCCUGCUGAGUUACGGUAUCCAGAAGAUUCUGUAUUAAACCUGACAUCCACACUCCCUGCUGAGUUACGGUAUCCAGAAGAUUCUGUAUUAAACCUGACAUCCACACUUCCUGCUGAGUUACGGUAUCCAGAAGAUUCUGUAUUAAACCUGACAUCCACACUUCCUGCUGAGUUACGGUAUCCAGAAGAUUCUGUAUUAAACCUGACAUCCACACUUCCUGCUGAGUUACGGUAUCCAGAAGAUUCUGUAUUAAACCUGACAUCCACACUUCCUGCUGAGUUACGGUAUCCAGAAGAUUCUGUAUUAAACCUGACAUCCACACUUCCUGCUGAGUUACGGUAUCCAGAAGAUUCUGUAUUAAACCAUACAUCCACACUUCCUGCUGAGUUACGGUAUCCAGAAGUCAUUUUCCUGAUCUCUAUGUUGAGUGCAUUGAUAGUUUCUUUAAUGAUUUUAUGUUUAUGUUGCAUCUGCAACAGAAGCAGCAAUGCUAUACAUCCAUGGAGCCCACCCAAAAGAACUAUCAGUGAUUUGGAAAAAAAGUAAAGAAGAUGCAUUAGCGUAAACAAGAAGAUGCCUCAUUUUGAUAAAGUUUUUUUAAUGACUAGAAUUCUGGUAAUUCCAUAUCCAAAAACAUUCCUUUAAAUUAGAAGUUAAAAAGCCAACCAGUAAAAAAGAAAAUAAUUUUAAAAAAACAACAGAUUUCUAAAUGUAUUAUAGUCCACAUGCAUGGACAAUCAUGAUCCUUUCUAUGAAAGUCAUAAUAUCAUAUAAAAAUUAAUUACCUGAAGCAGUUAAAUCUACAUGUGUCUUGAGAAUGAAAUUUCAGCACUUAACAUUUCGGAUGUAAAUGUUUUUUUAAUUUCUUGAAGUUUAAAAAAAAAUUAUUUUAAAAAUUGCCUUAUUAAUAUAUUUAUUUACAUAUAUAUUUCUUAAAUUUUACUAUAAAAUCUGUUUCCCACGUCCUAAUUAAUUUGUUCUUAUAGCUGCUAAUUUAGACGUCUAGAUGUAUAUUUUAAUAGUGCCAUUCGUGUAAUCAUUUUUAUUAACUAAUAGCCUACACAAAUCUGGAUUAUAACUACAAAAAUUUUUUGGUUCUUCAAAAAAAACAAAAAAAAACUUUGUGACCUUUUGUCAGCAUUUUUUCAUUUUUAUUUGAACAUUGUUGUGAUGAUGUAAUCAAUCUCUCCUAAAAAUAUUUUACAAUAUAAAUGUUGUAGCAUGUUUUUUUUUUAAUUCAAGUUUAUCUUAGAUUAUUGUAGGAAAUAAAUAUAUUUUUAGUCUCAUUUUUUGUUGUUGUAUUAAAUACUUAGAGUAAUUAGGUUUUCUUACAUUUAAGACAUUGAUUAGAUUGCUGUCAGUUAAUAUUUUUUAAUUCAUGCUUUCUAAACCAUACAUUAUUUUCUGGAAUAUUAAUUAACAUAAAAAAAAAUAUUUAUCUAAAACUAUAAUGGUAUGUUAGAAUACAAAUAUGAUUUUUUUACUACUAUUAUUUUUAACUCUUUAUCAGAAAUCAUUUUCUCAUCUGUACAGAAAUACCUUCAAUAAAGAAUUUGUAAAAAAAAAUAAAGAAAAACAGAAAAUCUGAAAUAUUUUAUUUUGAAAGGCUUAUUUAUCUGAAAUUGUCUGGAAAUGUUUUGUAUAAUUGUUGAAGCACUAGUCAGCACAAGUAGAAUUGGUAUCAAUUGUUUAUUUUAAUUUCUUCUUUUUAGUUUUUAAAAUAAUAUUUGUGAUG